CCUUCAUCUAUUCAUCUGUGACUGCUAACCGUUGAAGGACAGAUUCUGAAGCAAGGCAGGACAAUGAAGUGCGGUUUGGCAUUUUUUGCCCUCGGGGUCUUAGCCCUUUCUGGAGCCUGCUCUGCGCUGAAAAUCGGCGCCUUCAAUGUGCAGACUUUCGGCAGGACGAAGAUGUCUAAGCCUGACGUCGUUGAGAUACUUCUCCAGAUUGCAGAGCGUUAUGACAUCUUGCUGAUCCAGGAGAUUCGGGACAGCACGUUUACCGCCAUCUACAGUUUCCUGGACCAGCUCAAUGCCCGCCGCGGAAAUGACUACUCCAUGGUUCUGAGUGACCGUCUGGGAAGGUCUACAUACAUGGAACAGUACGCCUUUCUCUGGAGCACCGAAAACAGAACCAUUUCGUACGCUCGUUACAGGAACGACCGGGAUCUGGUUCUCGCCGGCGACUAUCACUACGAAGACUCGGAGGACAUUUUUGCCAGGGAGCCCUACAUCGUCCGGUUCAUGUCGGGAAAUACAGUAACCGACGACUUCGUGCUGAUCCCCAUGCACGCCGCCCCUAGUGACGCAGUGGCGGAGAACAACGAACUGUUCACCGUGUACCAGGACGUCGUGUCGCGCUGGGGGGUCCAAAACGUCAUCAUCAUGGGAGAUCUCAACGCAGACUGCAGCUACGUGGGCGCCUCUGAUUGGUCGAACAUUCGAAUCUGGACGGACAACCGAUUCGAAUGGCUGAUCGGGAACGAGGCUGACACGACCGUCAAGAGCACCCACUGUGCUUAUGACCGGCUGGUUGUUGCAGGUUCCCAGCUCCAGGCGUCUGUUGUGAGCUACAGCGUCUUUGACUACAAGUCUGAAUAUCGCCUUACCCAGUCAGAGGCCGAGGAUGUGAGUGACCACUGGCCUGUGGAGAUGGACAUUGCAGUCUGGUAGUGACACAUCUCCCCUCAGACCAUCUGCAGAGAAGCCAAGAACUACCUCCGCUGCCAUGCCUGCGAGUUCACACCGUCAGUGAGAGAUGAAAUAUGAAUUACUGUCAUAAAAAUAUUAAACCAAAUUAAAACUGAGCAAAAGG